GUCUACCGAGACCAGGGAUUAACCUGUGACCAUAAUUAAACAAGACCAACGUAAAGUUUGCCUGUGUGUGUGUGAGACGCAUUAGGUGAUACCUUCGUGAGCUGCGGCAAGACCGAAAGGAGUUUUCUGUGAAUUUGAUAAUUUAUUAUCAGAUAAGACCAGACCAAGGUUGUGAGUUUAUUUUUGGAAGACCAGUAGACUGUGACCUAUAAUUAAACGAGACCAACGUAAAGUUUGCCUGUGUGUGUGUGAGACGCAUUAGGUGAUACCUUUGUGAGCUGCGGCAAGACCGAAGGAGUUUUCUGUGAAUUUGAUAAUUUAUUAUCAGGUGAGACCAGACCAAAGGUUGUGAGUUUAUUAUACGGGAGAUCAGUAAAACAUGGGAAACAUGAAAAGCAGAGUGGAGAAUCCCUGCGUGGACUCCAAGUUAAUGAUGUUUAUGAAAGAAAAAUAUGGGUCUGAAUGUUGUGAUUUUGUGAACUAUUGGAGCAAAGAAUAUGGGUUCCCUGAAGGUGGAUCUCUGAGCAAGAGUCAACUUCAGAAACUCAGAGAGAAUUUGGGUGAAAAGAAAAAAGAAAUGUGCAAAAAAAAGAAGAUAAAAACACAUGAUGUGCAAUUAAUGGACAAUAUGAAUGAAUGUCUGGAGAAAUGGGAAACUGAGUCUGAAAGAAGAGAAAAACAACAAAUGCGUAAAGCCAUGACUGCUCUAAAAAUACAUGAACCAAGAGAAAACAACAAGGGAAAAGAAAUUACGAAUGCUGAAAGCACAUCCACCUCAGCACCUCUCUAUCCUUCCUUACAGGGUUCGUGGAAAGCUGCAGCUGACCAAUCCCUGGACUCUGCCCCUCCUCCUCCUCCCUACGUGCCUCCUCCACCUCCUGUGAAGCCUCCCGACGUCAGCCAGGGAGCUGCAGCGGCUGUCAGCACAGAGCAAGUGAAGCCUUUUCCCUUUGCCGUAUACCCGCUGCCUCACAUUCAAGACCAAGAGACUAUAAAAAAGGAAACUGUAAAAAAAGAAAAAAGCGAAAGUAGCGGAAUGCAGCUAGGAGGCAGAAUCACCAGAAGCCAAACUGCUGCAGGUCAGUCUUAUCCUUUUGCUCCUGUCUUCACUGCCCCGAUGGUUCAGGUGGCCGGGCCCACGGGACAACCAAUGUAUGUGUUCCGCCCAUGGACAGCAGAUGAUAUUAUCGCAGCUUCAAAGCACCUUCCUAAGCCAGAAAAAGGUGGUGCAGUAAUGGCCAGAGAACUGUCAAACUUCAUAAACGAAUAUGCCCCCACUUCCCAGGAGCUUGCAAGAGUGAUGAUGCAUCUCUUAACCACUGCACAGUUCUCCAUUGUGAGGGUUCUCUUCGAAGAACAUCAGCAGCCGCAGAGCCCGACAUGGAGAACUCCAAGCAGCAACGAACCACAGUCCAACGCCGACUACAGACAAUGGGUGCAGCGCCUGACGAAUGCCAUCCGUAACCGCUUCCCUGUGAAUUGUGACCUGUCACGUGUCAGUGCCUGCAGGCAGCAUGACGGCGAACCUGUGGAAGACUUCCUGGCUCGACUCCACUCUGCCUAUGACGACUUCAGCGGCAUGGAGAGACCUGUAAACUUUCCGGGUCCAGCCAUGACCCCUUAUGAAAGUUUGUUAAAACAACAUUUCCUCACCAACCUGCAAAAGACUCUAGGGGACUUGACAAAGGACUCCUGCGUUGGCUGUGAGGACGGAUCUGUCCGAUUAGCCGAAGUGGUGAGACAUGCUAAACAUGAACAACGUCGUAUGGCUGAAAAAGAAACCAAGGAAAAGAAAUCACGCAGUGAUGCCCAGUACCGCGCGCAGCUGCACCUGCUCCAGCAUGCAGCCGGCCAGCAGCAGCAGACACCUCCUGUUCCCCGUGGUGUCCCGCCCCCACUUCUCCAAGACACUGACGCAUGUUUCUACUGUGGAUCAAAUGAACAUUGGUUUCGUACAUGUCCAAUGAAGGGCCGAAAAAGCAGGGGCCGCAAGCAAAAUCGUGAGAGAGGACGUGGACAGUUCCAGAGGCGUGAACACGGCACCCAACAUCACAGUCAGGCUCGUCAUCAGCCCAACUGAGGCCAGGAGGAGGGUGGAGUUCCGGGUGAUGGUUCAUCUGUCGGCCGCCCACAGCCCUCAUCAGAUAAGAACAAAUACACACUCAUACAUUAUCCUUCUGAAGACAGUGUUUUACGUCUUCCUUUCAUGACAAUCAUUGUAAAAGGGAAACCUGUUGAUUUUAUUGUUGAUUCCGGUGCUACUUAUUCUGUAAUACGCGCCUCUGAGUUGCCAGGUACAAAAUUAAGUGGUAAAUUCCUUUAUUCUGUGAGUGCCAGUGGAUCAGAAACAAAAGAAAAUUUUUCCGCUCCACUGUCAUGCACAGUUGAGGCACAGCCUCCAUUUAAGCAUUCAUUUCUGAUGUCACACUGCUGCCCUUUCAAUUUACUGGGGCGUGACCUCAUGCUUACUUUAGGCGUCGGCUUACAGUCAACUCCUGAAGGAAUGAUGGUCCAAAGAAAUUCUAAAUCUGUCCCUCAACUAUGCAAAAUAUCCACCUGCUUCCCACCCUUUACUGUCUAUCAAUGGUGGAUAAAUUAUGAUUCAUCCCUGAAACUUCUUGACCUUGCAACUCAGAGGAUGUCCGCAGCUAGUGCACAGCUGAUGAGACCCGAGGAUUUACAUUGUACUGCUUAUGUGACCUCUGAUUACGAUCAUUCAUAUGAACAGCGCUUUCUAUCCACACUGCCUGACUCCUUAGAGGCACAUGAUCUUUUUUGGUCUCAAGCACGAUGUGCUGUAUCAGUUUCUUUAACACCCGCUCAGUCUGAUUUUUUUCUGGUAAAGAAUAGCGUCGCACACAUCUCCCUGGCUAAGUCUGAAGUUGAUCAGUG